AUGGAUUCUGACAUAAUGAACUUGAUGAUGCAAGAAAUGGAGAAGCUUCCCGAGUUCUGUAACUCUAACUCCUCUUUCUUCGACCACCACAACAACAACAGCACUUACCCUUUUCUCUUCAACUCAAACCAUAACCACCCUGCUUCAAUCACCCACGAACCGGGUUUCCGUCACGGUUCCGGUUUACUCACGAACCCUUCUUCUCUCUCUCCCAACACAGCUUACUCUUCCUCUUUGCUCGACAAACGAAGCAACGGCAACAACCACAACAACAAUAACAGCGCAAACAUGGCAGCGAUGCGGGAGAUGAUAUUUCGCAUCGCCGUGAUGCAGCCGAUACAUAUCGAUCCCGAGGCGGUUAAGCCACCUAAGAGGAGGAACGUUAGGAUCUCCAAAGAUCCACAGAGCGUGGCGGCUCGACACCGGAGGGAGAGGAUAAGCGAGAGGAUUCGGAUCCUGCAACGGCUUGUUCCUGGAGGGACGAAGAUGGAUACAGCUUCAAUGCUCGACGAAGCUAUUCACUAUGUGAAGUUUCUCAAGAAACAGGUGCAGACGUUGGAGGAGCAAGCGGUGGUUAGCGGCGGAGGAGGAGGAGGUAGAGGAAUGACGGCGGCGAGUGUUGGUGGUGGUGGCGGCGGAGUGGUUAUGAAAGGGUGUGGAGCAAUGGGGACUCAUCAGAUGGUGGGCAAUGCACAGAUUCUUAGAUGA